GGAAGAGUGACACUCAGUUGAAGACUGCUUUCAGGAGAACACCGAAUACACUAGGCCGUACAGUUGGACGCAUUACCAGUUUACGCUCAAUUAAAAAACAUGGCCGAUAGCAGAGACUUCAUCCAGGAGCUUCUUCUAUCUGCGGAGCGAACGGCUCUCCUCUAUCAUCUGUCGUUCGUAUGUCUGGGUAAAUUCCCAAAGCUGGAGUAUCUGAUCAGAGAACAAGCUAUUGAAACACAUCUGCUGUUUAGAUCCUCUGAGGCUGUUCUGAUGAAAUGUGUCGACAUGAUUUCCAACCUGGUCACUUCGCUGUUCCCGUUAAUAACAGAAGCUAUUGAGAAUAACAAACCCGUUCUGGCUGUGAAAUACCUGGGGAAUGCCAAAACAUGGAUCAGUGACAUCAUCAGCACUGUGGAUGACAUGGUGAAGAGGUAUGAACAACAAGCCCAAAGAGUGGAAACAUGCAUCGGUGAUGUGUUUAAAGAACAGAUAGAGACCGAAGAAAAACUAAGGAAACACUUUGUCGAGAUGAAGGCUCUGGAGGAUGCUCUGGUCAAGCUUAAACUGGAGCUGAAUAACGGUCUUCGAAACCAAGAGUGGGACAUCAAAAUCAGACAGAUUGAUCUUCAGAUGAAGUUGGCCAAUUGCAAAAUACAACCAGGUGAGAUUCCCGAUCCUGUCCACCUGAAGGAAGUGCAGAAGUGUCUUGAUCGAAUCCGACACAUUCUGGUUGAUCUUAAUAAGUUCUGGGAGAAAGUGGCUGUUAUGCUGGAGGCACUGAAAGUCGAGACUGUUUUUUUAGAGGAUCUGAUUAAAGAGCUGGAAGACAUGAAGGAAGAGAUUCUACAGUCCAUUGAAGACACAAAACAGAAAUGGAAGAGAUUUGGUGAAGUCUGUCAGAACGCACAGGACAUCUUCAGCGUUCAGUCUAAGUGCUUAUAAAUGACAGGAGAUCAAUCCGUCUUCACUCUCACAGGAUGAAUGGAAUAAGCAGUACGAGUCUAUCAUGGAGAAGCUGAAGAAGACCAGUCCCCAGGGUUCAUCCAGAGAAUGACAGACAGAGAUCUGAUGCUAAACGCUCUUCAUAAGGCAUACACAUAUUAAUGCAUGCAGCUUAUCUUGGCAUUUCUGUAACGCUUUGUAAUCUUUACAACUGUUCAUGCACAUGUUCAGUUCCAUAUAUAUUCUUUAAUGAGUUGAUGUUAGGAAAAUAUUUCUCAGUUGUAUGCUAUUUCUGUUAAAAUUGCAUUUCAUUAUGGUUUAUAGAUCUUGUGGUGGGUCUGAUCACAUGACUGAUGUCUGUCACACAAUAAAGACAUUAAACAUUU